AUGGUGCCGUGCAGCUAUCAUCGGACGUUACGAAACAAUGAUGUCGCAUCCGCCCAGCCCGCGAUUCUGCCUUCGGAGAACCUCGAGGGGAUAUCAGGUACCCAAGAUAGGACGCUACUUCAAAUGGGAAUGCAGAUACGUGCAUUGGUGGAUAAAGUGGAGAAGCUCCACGAAAAGCUGAGCGCAAUAUCUCCCACCAGUCUCCCCGAGCCGACCCAUCAUCCCGUGGCCAACCUUGAGCACGCGAUGGAGCUGAACUUUUCUCAUGUCGACGCGCCGCAAGCCACAGAUUCAGAGGCAAGAGACCAGUCCAUGCAGGCGAACACCGAUGAAGCGCCAGAAACUAUCUCCCCAGAAUAUCACGGACCUACCAGCUCAGAAUUCACCUUCGAAGUAGCCAACGAGAGCCUGAGCGAGUUAGGGUUUAGAUGUUCUAUCGGCGUCCCGAACCGACCAAGCAGGUUCCCGUCCUUCGUCACUAUCUCCAGAAUCCAGACUGCUGACAGAACACUUCUGAGAAGAGAUUUAGCACGAGACCCUCUGUGGACAAUUGAGCGAUCUGAUGCGUUGAAGUAUAUCGACAUCUAUCACAAUUCAGUAGGGGCAAUGUAUCCAGUUAUCGAUCGCUCGCGCCUUGCUCCGAAGAUACAACUCCUGUUUGAUGCUUUGGAUUUGGUCCGAGGCCGGCCAUGUCAGGGCGGCUUUGGCAACUGCAUAGAAUUGCUGUACAGCAUCGAAACUCAGAUCAUGAAGAUCCUCGUCGCUAUUGGCAUGAUCACUGAGCUGGGUGUUGCAGGGACAGACGCGGCUAUGCGGCUAAUGCAAGAUGUUCUUGAUACGUCGGAAGACUCACUUAUAAACACUGAGGGUCUCAGCGGUGUUCAACUCCUCGUCUCGACCGCACUAUUCUACUACAACUUGGACGAAGAGCCCAAGGCUAGCAGGUACGCCUGUCUCGCGUCGCGGCGAUGUCUAGAAAUGGGCCUUCAUCGUCGAGAUACAUUGGUGAAGCAUUUCCCUGAGGAAGGUGCGCGCAAGGCAGCCCUGAGAAUCUUUUGGUCAGUCUUCACACUCGACCGCCGAUCCAGUCUCGGAUUGGGAGUCCCGUUCGUCAUUCAAGAUAGCCUUGUGGACCCAGCCUUGGUAUCCCUGGACUUUGAUAAUGUCUAUCUUCGCACCAUGAUCCCAUUUGCCAAGCUGUCCGGUAAAGCCUGGCAAAUGAGCAACGAAUUUGGUAGCAAAGAACCAGACAUCGUACGAGAGGAGAUCGAGUAUCUGGACUACCAAGUCUCUCAGUGGCAGAAGCAGAUCCCAGCCUCCAUCCGCUAUUGUCAUGGAUCAACCGGACUACCCGACCUGAAAAGUUGCAACUCCGAAAUCCUACAGCAGUUCUACCUCAGCGUUGCGCUCUUCGUCCGCUCAAACCAGUUGCACAAUGUCAUCUACCGGCCCCUUCUGCAAUCCGCGUCCCGCAUAAAGAGCCACCCCGAACACAUCCUCGCCGCAGUCAACGUCGCGAAAGAUUCUCUCCAGGUAUUAUCAGAACUUGAUGCUGCAACAACUCUAUUAGAGACACAUGCCACGUUCUUUAAGCACUUCAUCGUCUCGAGUCUGGGAAAUCUGCUGUUGAUCGCGGUACAUGCUACUGCUGAAUAUUGGAUGGAGAUCCGCGAUACUUUCCAUGUGGGACUGACGCUUCUGAGAAAACUGAGCUCGCGAUCCGGUCCGGUGAUGCGGGCAUGGAACCGACUGAAAUGCCUCGAGGAGCUACAGUCUAAGAUUCUGAACACGCGGCAACUGCAGACCGAGCAGCAGCAGGACGCCGACCACUUUGGCGGCAUUUCAGAUAUGAGACCGACCCAGGGGACGAGUUUGUUGACCGAUUGUAAUGUUGAGCACCCUAUGGAUGGCGAUGACUCCACACCGUUCGACUCGCAGAUCCGCGACGAGUUUGCGCGAUUAUUCGACCCGUCAUUUGCAUUUGGGGACUUUUAUGAGUUCCCGUUCUUCGAAAACGACGGUAGGAACUGA